GACAGCGGUUCGGUGGCCGCUGCGGAGCCCGGGAAAGAUGAGCCAGCAGGGGGCUGCACUGCAGACCUAUAACAACGAGCUGGUGAAAUGUAUAGAAGAUCUGUGCAGCAAAAGAGAUGAGCUGAACCGUCAGGUCCAGCAGGAGGAGGAGGAGAAGAAUAAGCUUCAAAAUGACAUCCGUAUCCUGACAGAGAAACUGUCCCGAGUGAACGAGAGCCUGGCAAGGAAAAUGGCCUCCAGGAAUGAGUUUGACAAAACUAUUGCUGAGACACAGGCUGCGUAUAUGAAGAUCCUGGAGAGCUCACAGACUUUACUGAAUGUGCUGAAGAGAGAGGCUGGUAAUUUGGGCAAGGCAACGGAAGUGCAAGGAAGCUCAAGCACAUAACCACCAGUGCUGGAUUUUAUAUUGCUUUUUGGGUCUCAGAUUAAAACUCCUUUAUUUUUUUGGCAGGGGUUAAUGGUAUUGUAAUUUUUAAAGGGUGAUUUUUUAUAUUUAAAACUGUAAUCAGAGCUUAAUAAAUAUUGU